AUGCACGCCAUCCGCGCAGCGCGGGCGCGCGACGGGGCGCCGCCUCACGGUCCGCCGUCCCAUUUCCACCCCCACUCGCAGUCUGUGACGCCCAUACCACAAGCCCCGCAUAGCAAGUCGCAGGGCAAGCAGGGUCAGCCGUUGCCGGGCGAUGUGCCCCCUCCUUUCAUGCACGAACGCGACAUGAAGCAAGGCCCUACGAAGGGUACCGGUUCCGUACCCAUGCCUCCGCCCCACACAACACAUCUCAUCCCUCACCAGCAAGUUCAGCUGCCCGGGGGCCAGCACAACCGCCAAAUCCCGCCAGACGCCUUCGCUCCAGGCAUGAUCUCUGGCUACCAGUCACGGCGACCUUCGCCCCCUCCCUUCCUUCACCCCGGUGCCCAGUCCAUCCUACCGUUCACACUCCCCCGCACGAGCGCCACGACCCCCUCACCGCCGAUCCCGAUCCGGCACCUCGGCGUCUUCGUCUUCCCACGCACGCCCUUCCCCUUCUUCGACUUCCCGUCGCCGCUCGCGCCUUCGGGCGCGCCCGCGGACGCGCUCGACGUGCGCGCUACGCUCUUCCUCCCCGCGCGGGCGCUCCCGCUCACGCGCCCGCGGCAGCCGCGCGUGUGGGGCGGGGCGCUCAUCCCCGCCGUGCCGCCGCUGACGGGCGAGCAGCGGGGGGCGACGGCGCAGCUGUGCGCGCGCAACCCGCGCCACGGGCAGCCGUGGCCGGACGAGGUGCGCGACGGCCGGCGGGUGUACACGGACGACUCGGACCUGUUCCUGUGCGCUCUGCACGCGGGGUGGGUCACCUGGAGCGGGGCGCGCAAGGCGCGGCGGGAGGGCAGGGACCUGAGGAUGGAGGUGAGGCUGACGCGGGAGGCGCGGUACAUCGGCGGGCUCGGCGCGCCGCUGCGCCGGCAGGAGGGCGCGGAGGUGGAGCACCUGGGCGCGGACGACGACGGGAGCACGCUGUUGAGCUCGGGGUGGGGCAACGGCCACGACGGCGCGGGGCUGGAGAUCGUCAAGGCCGAGUUCGUUCCGGCUGGGACCGCACAUUCGUAUGGGCUCCGGAAUCGGCCGCAGCGCAUGCUCGAGUACGCGGAGCGGCGCGCGGCGCUCGGGUGCGCCCCGCGCACGAGCCGCAAGCGGCGGCGGUUCCACGGGCCCGCGUUCGCGGACAGUCAGAGCGCGGUGCAGCUCCGCGCGAACAGGGCCGACGACGAGACCGCGGCGACGCGCGUCAUGGUCUUCGGCACCGACGGGUCGUGGCCCGAGAUCGGGUGCGUCUCUUUUCUCUCUAUCUCUCAUUCUUUCCGCGGUUCGUUGCGGCAUGCUCACCGCGGCGCGCAGAUUCAAGUACCACCCCGAGGCCCUGAGGGCGGUCCUCUUCCCCCGGCCUCAGUCGACGGCGGAGAGCCGCCCGGCGAAGCGCAGGAAGCUCGGCGCGACGCAGGACCGCGCGGCGUCGGAGGCGAGCGAGGACGGCGGCGAGGGCUCGCGCGCGGUCGUCGUCGAGACGCUCUGGGAGAGCUUCCUCAUCUCCCAGCGGGGCCAGAUCCCGGCGAGCGACGGCGGCGAGGGCGACAAGGAGAACGCGGCGGUCGCACCCCUAGCGAACGGCGCGGCGGCGGAGGAGGGCGGGCGGCGGUACACGAUCGCGCUGCUCACGACGUCGGGCGGGACGAGGGGGCGGUUGGUCGGGGCGAAAGAUGA